GGCGGGUUGUAAUUCAGAUUAAAGGAAGCGAAUUCUACAUGCUAAAAGCUUACGAGCGUUCUAUUUUGGACAAACAUCCGUGCUUUCAUUGAGAGCCUCUAUUGUCUCUCACAUAACUCGAGUAGGAAAAAAUGAAGAAAUCAGACAAAAUCAGUAUGAAAAUCCAGAAAAAGAAGAAAUCCAAAAAUGUGGAAUUUUAUAGAGUGAAGGCUUUUCGGGCCAGAUCCGAUCGGUCAACCGGAGCGGUGACAGCAUGCAAGUCGUUACUCGAAGCUUCUGGUCAGAACAGUGUUGCCACUCGAUUCUACACCUAUUCGUCCAUGCGGCCUGAAGGGUCUACCGAUUGGAACUCUGUCAAUUCCGCCAUUAAUGUCGCCCUGAAGCUUUUGGGGAAACAACCGAUGACACCACCACGAGGACCCCUGUCAAACCUGAGGCUGACCAUCAACCCAACGGCUGACGGAGAAGUACGAGCUUUAGUGCCGGCUCCGCCAUCUCCCAUACGGAGGCGCCCAGUGCACUCCCGCUCGUUCCACCACUGCGCCAGUCGCCGCCGCAACUCCACGACCACGAAGGAGAUGACGCUUCAAGCCAAGCUAAGUUGGGUCCCUCACCGACAGAAACCUUAAGGCUCGGGGUUUGUGGUGUGCGUGGCCGUGGUCGUAGCCGCUGGGAGUAUCUCUGGCUGAAGGCAUUGUCUGGUCGCACCCUUUCUUCUCUCUGGUUCCGUCUAAAGGGACAUAUGCAGGAUAGGUCAAAUUGGGCAUUGCUUUAGGGCCAUGGAGAGUGCAUCUAAGUAAGCUUAACUUCUGGAACAUCAUAAGGAAGGUCUUCAACGAGAAAAUCCUAGGUGCUUACCAAGACAAAAACAGUGGGCCAGCCUACCGUUGGUCCAAUCCAAUUUUU